AUGAGGUUUUCCACAGCAACACUCCUCACUGUCCUUAGCUCGCUCAUAUCAGUCGAAGCAACCUGCUCCUACACCGGAGGCAACUACUAUUGUUCAGAAACAUCAAAGGUUGUCUACAAAGGUAUCGGAUUCUCGGGAUCUUACCAAGAUGUCAUCUCAAUGGACGAAUCCAGUGGAUCUUGUAGUCAACAAGAAUACACCUUCAGUGGGAACUUGUCUCCAUUGGAUGAGGAAUUAUCCGUUCACUUUAGAGGACCUUUGAAAUUGCUCCAAUUUGGUGUUUACUACCCAAGCUCAAACUCAUCUUCAUCGUCAAAUGCUAAAAGAGAUGACACUGCUGAAGUUGAAGCACAAGAAGCUGAAGCUGAAGCUGAAGGAUGCACCACCGUCAAGCACCACAAACACAAAAGAGCCACUGCCAUUGUAGAAGUUACUCAAACUGUAUAUGUCGACGGCCAGGGUAACUUGGUCACUUCUCAAUCCACAACCACCAACACACAACUGGAAACUGAUUCAGCACAAACUGAUCUUCAAGCUGCAAUCGCUACUCAAAUUGGUGAAGGAAAAGCAUACAGAUCCAUCUCCACCAAAUCAGCUCCAACUACAACCACUGCAAGCACUGCAAGCACUGACAGCAGCGGUUCCACCGAGUCAUCAGAACCAUCAUCAGAUGUUAGCGGUGCAUGGACAAGAGACUCUUACUAUACCCCAGGAUCAACCGAUAACUGUGUGUUCCUCAACUACUAUGGUGGUUCAGGCUCUGGUGUUUGGUCCUCUGCAUUUGGAAACUCAUUGUCCUAUGCCAACUCUGACGCUUCUGGUGGAUCUUCAUCCGCAGUUGCUUUGGAAGAAGUGACCAUUGGCUCAAACACAGAGUAUGUCAUCAUGUCAGGAAAUGAAUGCUCAGGCUCUUCAUGUGGCUUUUACCGUUCUGGAUCAGUUGCCUACCACGGAUUUGGCGGUGCGCAAAAGAUUUUUGCUUUUGAGUUUGAAAUGCCACUGGACUCUUCAGCCUCCGGUUACAACGCAGACAUGCCUGCUAUUUGGCUUUUGAAUGCGAAAAUUCCACGUACUUUGCAAUAUGGAGACGAAUCAUGUUCAUGCUGGAAGACUGGAUGUGGUGAAUUGGACCUUUUCGAGAUUUUGAGCUCUGGUUCAGAUAAACUCAUCUCCCACUUGCACGACGGCCAAGGUGCAAGCUCAGAACAAGUCAAUACCGGUGGCGGUGGCUCUCAAGAUUACUUUGCUAGACCAACUAGUGGAUCCAUGAAGGCUGUUGUGAUUUUCACCUCCGACGACAUUCACAUUGUUCAAGUCGAUGACUCUAUUGAUUUUGACACCAGUCUCACUGAAGACCAAGUCAAUGCUUGGAUCGAACAACUGGGUUCAGUCGCCACUAUUGGUUACUAA